AGUUCGGCGAACGCGCGACAGGGAAGCGAUUGGGGCUCAACGUUGACCGUAGGGGAGAGGCGGCCACGCGCGGCGGCGGGGGUCAGCAGCGAGUGGGGAACAGCAGCUGUCAGGAAGGAAGAACGACGGCAAACGAACCCUAAUUAGCAGCAAGCGGAAGAGGGGAAUCCCAGUCCACUCGCUCCAGGCCCUCGCGUGGGGAUUCCAGUUCUGCAGAUCGAGUGAGCGAGAGAGUGGAGGUGCGUGAGAUUGCGAAGAAGAUUCAUCACUGUACAACAAGCGGAAUAUAUACACUCAUUCAUAUGCAGGCAUUGUAAUAUUAUUAUACACCUAAAAGCCAGCCAGUAGAGGGUUGUCAAUAUGGACAUAGAUCUUAGAUUACAGUCCGGAGAUCAUGAUAGAGAUGAAGAAACAAAUGGUAUUGUUAACUUGCGUGAUCAUGAAGAAAGACUCAGUGUUGUUGGAGUGGGUGGGGAUAUGAACAUUGAGGAAAAGAUACAUAUUGAAGAUGGAGGAGGUAUGAACUCUUCCUUAGCCAAUAUGACAGAGUUUAAAGAGGACGUGAAUCUUGAGCCACUUGCUGGUAUGGAAUUUGAAUCACAUGGGGAGGCAUAUGCUUACUAUCAAGAAUAUGCCAGGUCAAUGGGGUUUAACACUGCAAUACAAAAUAGUCGCCGUUCAAAGACAUCAAGAGAAUUUAUUGAUGCUAAAUUUGCAUGCUCUAGAUAUGGUACUAAACGUGAAUACGAGAAGCCUGUGAACCGCCCACGCAGUAGACAGGGAGGCAAGCAGGACCAAGAAAAUGCAACCGGCCGGCGGGCAUGUGCAAAGACAGACUGCAAAGCCAGCAUGCACGUUAAGCGAAGACCUGAUGGGAAAUGGAUUAUUCACAGGUUUGAAAAAGAUCAUAACCAUGAACUCUUACCUGCCCAAGCCGUCAGUGAGCAGACUAGGAGGAUGUAUGCUGCAAUGGCUAGGCAAUUUGCCGAAUACAAAAAUGUUGUCGGUCUGAAACACGAUUCCAGAAGUCAGUCUGAUAAAGUUCGGAAUUUGGCUAUGGAAGCAGGCGAUGCUAAUACUUUGCUUGAAUUUUUUAUUCAUAUGCAGAGUAUGAAUUCAAACUUCUUUUAUGCUGUAGAUGUAAGUGAAGAUCUACGUUUGAGGAAUUUUUUCUGGGCUGAUGCAAAAAGCAGACAGGAUUAUGUGAAUUUCAGUGAUGUUGUGUCUUUUGACACUACCUAUCUUAGAAACAAGUACAAAAUGCCGCUAGUACUCUUUCUCGGGGUGAACCAGCACUAUCAGUUCAUGUUACUUGGAUGUGCUUUGCUUUCUGAUGAAAGCUCAGCCACAAUUUAUUGGGUGAUGCAGACAUGGUUGAGGGCGAUGGGUACUCAAGCUCCCAAAAUCAUAAUCAGUGAUCAAGAAAAGGUCAUGAAGACAGUUAUUUCAGAAAUCUUUCCAUCAACCCUCCAUUUCUUUUGUCAGUGGCAAGUGAUUGGGAAGGUGGCAGAAAAUCUAAGUCAUGUCAUUAAGAACAACGAGGAGUUCAUGACAGAGUUUGAAGAUUGCAUUUACAGGUCAUGGACAGAUGAUGAAUUUCAAAAGAGCUGGGAAAACCUUGUUCAAAAUUUUGAACUUGAAGAAAAUGAAUUGAUACAGUCACUGUAUGAAGACCGGAUGAAAUGGGUGCCCACAUUCACAAGGAAUACAAUUUUAGCCGGCAUGUCUACAAGUACACGAUCAGAGAGUGUGAACUCUUUCUUUGAUAAAUAUGUGCAUAAGAAGACAUCAAUCCAGGAGUUUGUGAAACAGUAUGAUGCCAUCUUACAAGAUAGGUAUGAAGAGGAAGCAAAGGCAGAUUCUGAUACGUGGAACAAACAGCCCACUUUGAAGUCUCCAUCACCAUUUGAGAAGAACGUGGCAGGGGUGUACACAAAUUCUGUGUUUAAGAAGUUUCAAAUUGAGGUUGUGGGGUCCGUUGCCUGUAUUCUGAAGGAACAGAAGCGAUACGAGAAGAUUGUGACUUUUAAAAUCCAAGAUUCUGAAAAGAAGCAAGAAUUCAUGGUGAUCUUGAAUGAGAUGAAGUCAGAAGUGUCUUGUAUGUGCCGUUUGUUUGAGUACAAAGGUUUCCUUUGCAGACAUUGCCUGGUUGUUCUUCAACUCGGUGGCAUUGCUAGCGUCCCUCAACAGUAUAUCUUGAAACGGUGGAGAAAAGAUGCCAAGUCACGAUACCCUAUGAUAGAUGGAGCUGAAGGUGUGCAGUCUAGGGUUCAAAGAUACAAUUUUCUAUCGCAGCAAGCAUUGAGAUUGGCUGAAGAAGGAUCUUCAUCUCAAGAAAGUUUCACAUUUGCUCUUCGUGCACUUGAAGAAACUUUAGGGAAUUGUUCGAAUGUUAAUAGCUCAAAUAAGAAUCUUGUUGAUACUGGCACUUCAUCUACUCCGGGAGAAAAGAAAGGCCAACUCUGAACCAGAUGUUAUGACUGUUGGAGCACCAGACAGUUUGCAACAGAUGGACAAGUUAAACUCUAGACCAGUAACUCUGGAGAGUUAUUUUGGCCCACAACAUGGUGUACAAGGCAUGUUGAACUUGAUGGCACCAACUCGUGACAACUACUAUGGAAACCAGGCUCCCAUGCAAGGGCUAGGACAGUUGAACUCUAUUGCACCUACACAUGAUAGCUAUUAUGGGACUCAACCUACAUUACAUGGGCUGGGCCAAAUGGACUUCUUCCGAAC